AUGUCUUACAUAAGGGAGCGAUAUGAAGCUCUCAAAGGGCCGUUCAUCUCUCUAGAAUUUUUUCCACCCAAGACAUUGCCCGGAAAGCGUAAUUUGUUAGCUCGUAUGGCACGUAUGACAGCUUUGAAUCCACUUUUCAUCACUGUUACAUGGGGUGCUGGAGGAACGACUGCAGAAAAGACGCUGGAGUUGGCGAGUCUAGCACAAAGAGAGCUCAGUAUCCCGGUUUGCAUGCAUUUGACCUGCACUAACACUGACAAAGAAAUUAUCGACCAUGCCUUAGAGAAAGCCCGACUAGCAGACAUCAGAAACAUUCUGGCACUGAGAGGUGACCCACCUGUUGGUGAAGAAUGGGAUUCAAAUAAUGGUUCUGGAGAGUUCAAACAUGCUGUUGAUCUAGUGCAGUAUAUUAAACAAAAUUAUCCUGAUGACUUUAGCGUUGGUGUGGCAGCGUAUCCCGAGGGACACUGUGAAGGAGAAGCAGACGGCUUACUACAGGAUCCAAGAAGAGAUUUGCCAUACUUGAAAGAAAAGGUCGAUGCUGGUGCCGAUUUUGUUAUCACACAGCUCUUUUAUGACGUAGAGAAGUUUCUGGCAUUCGAAGAAAUGUUCCGGUGUGAAGUUUCCGAGGAUGUACCAUUAUUUCCCGGUAUUAUGCCUAUAAACUCAUUUUUACUGUUUAACAGGGCCUCGAAGCUUUCCCACGCCUCAAUACCAAAACGUAUACUUGACAGAUUCCCCCCAGAAAUUCAAGCGGACGACAGUAAAGUGAGAGAGAUUGGUGUUGAUAUUCUGGUCGAAAUAAUUGAUGAAAUUUAUGAACGAACAAAUGGCAGAAUCAAAGGAGUACACUUUUAUACUUUAAACCUUGAAAAAGCAAUCGCUCAGAUCGUGAGUAAGUCGGCUGUGCUAUCAAGCAUCUUAGAGGAGGAUCAGUCAGACGAAGAGGAUGCAGAGGGUGACAUAGUUUUAGAAGAUAUCGAUACUACAAAAGAAGAUGAAAAUCUGAGGAAAAGAAGAAGGCAGUCGAGCCAUAAUUCUGAUGUUAUCUCCAAUCGUGUGCUAGUUGACCAGGACGGAAACUUCACUGCAAAUAGGUCCGCCUCUGGAGCACCCUCACGCAAGGUCGUGGUGUCUAUAUCGCAGGGCUCCGGAACUCUUGGAAAAGAUGCUACGUGGGAUGAGUUUCCAAACGGUAGAUUUGGUGAUUCAAGGUCUCCCGCUUUCGGUGAAAUUGACGGUUAUGGCCCAUCUUUAAAGGUCAGUGCUAAAAAGGCAUACCAUAUCUGGGGAAAACCUGAGAAUUUGAGAGAUUUGACAAGCAUUUUCAUAAGAUACUUGGAGGGCUCUUUAGAAGCUUUACCAUGGUCGGAUUUGGGGCUUUCCCCUGAAACUGCCUUAAUUCAAGAAGAACUCAUUCAACUGAAUGAACGGGGUUUUCUUUCCUUGGCUUCACAGCCGGCGACGAAUUCUACGCCAAGCACCGACAAGAUUUUUGGAUGGGGUCCUCCUGGCGGCUAUAUUUACCAAAAGGCAUUUGUUGAACUGUUUGUUCAUAAGAGUCGCUGGGAAAGUGAGCUCAAAGCAAAAAUUGAGCCCCACGGUUCAAAAUUCAGUUAUUAUUUGGGGGAUUCAGCAGGAGACUUCCAAACCAAUUUGGACCCACAUGGUUCUAGUGUUGUAACAUGGGGUGUGUUUCCUAAUUCAGAAGUGUUGCAAACGACAAUAAUAGAAGAGGAUUCCUUCAAAGCAUGGAGAGACGAGGCUUUUAGUAUUUGGCUAGAGUGGAGUAAACUGUUUCCCAGAAACUCUGCUGCAAACACCUUUUUAAGGCAACUGCAUCGCGACUUUUAUCUUGUGUCUAUUGUUCACCAUGACUUCACUGACUGCGAUGGUUUAUGGAAUACUCUACUCAGUUAA